UGCUGUCUGCAGCUGAAGAAAGGAUGCUAGAGAUUCUCUCUUUAGGAGGAAAAAUGGUUGGCUGGACUUCUCUGCACUAAGAAAUGCCAUCCUCCAAAGAAAUGUUCCAGCUGCCUGAGAUUGUCUGGUUUCGACCAAGUUAAAUGCAGGGAAGCUGAUGACACCAUGUUGUGCUGGGGACUCGGGCGCGAAAGUCUCAGGGAAAAUUUCUGGCCACAAAAGUUGAGCUCACCUGGGGCUUUUUGUGGGUUGUUUGGAGAACCAGGCUCAAGAGCCGACGCUGAGCAUCCCACCCAGCUGUCAACGAAAGCCUCUGCAAAACCGCUAGUGCAUGGGAGUCAAGUAGCAGGCUUCAUCCCAAGGCAACUCGGAUGUGCGGCAUGACUGCGAACCUGGCGCAGUGGCACAGGAGCUGAGCAUGGCAGGGGGCAUGGUCUGCUGUUUGCCUUGGUGAAGAGAAAGAAGAUCAAGAUCACAUUGCGCAGUGCUGCAGCUACGACCCCCAGCGCCAAUUCCCACGUGCAGGGUGGUUUUCGCCCUGUGCUAGGGGCUGUCCCACGUGCGACAGACAGAGAUGCAGCUCUGUUUUUUUGGGUGGCCACUGGGGCUCUCUGCCCCUCUCCCUUGUUGCAGUAUGGGGCAGUGAGGAAUUAUAAAAUAGCAUGCAGGAGGAAGAGGGCUAUCUCUAGGAACUGGGUCUUUUGCAGAUGCCUCUUUAAAGCACCUACCAGCUUUUUACCGUACUGCUGUUUUUUCUAGGCAACGCCACACCUCCUGAGGACACUGGGGACAUCAGGUUUUUUGCUGAGCUUAGCAUCUUUCCACCAUCAUAGAGAAAGCUUCAGACAGACACUCAUCUGCCCUGAAGUAAAGAGCUGCAACGGCCAUCAAGAAGCUUUUCCUCCUUUGCCUGUCCAAUCCCACCCCAUUACUAGAUCUAACCUGCAGAAUCUGGAGAGCUAACCCUCCCCCUGCCCGUCCUAUGAUGACUCACCAUUAUUUUGAACUUUGAAGAGAGGAACUUAUGGGGAUCUUGGAAGCCUGUAUUUCUCUCUAGGAUUUCCCCAGAGUCAAUUAAUCUGUGUCACUAAGAGACACUGAGAUUUGCUUCUCCAGCAGGCUAAAAUAUUACCCCUCACUCCCCCCUGAUCAUCCCUCUGCAUUUUCAUGAGCCACUUCCAAACCUACGAACUUGUCCUUUCCCAGGAAAGUAGCCUUCCCCUGAACCUGAUCCCAGCACUGGGCAGCCAGAAGAGUUUAGAUUAAGGAUUGCUUUUAAACCUAAAUAUGACAGUUGCUACUGGAGACCCCACAGAUGAAGCUGCAGCUUUAGCAGGUCAUCCUCAGGACACCUAUAACCCUGAAACUGAUCAUGAAUGCUGUGAGAGGGUGGUCAUUAACAUCUCGGGGCUGCGGUUUGAAACACAACUCAAGACUCUAGCUCAGUUUCCAGAGACCUUGCUAGGGGACCCUAAAAAGAGAAUGAGAUAUUUUGAUCCUCUCCGGAAUGAAUAUUUCUUUGACCGAAACAGACCCAGCUUCGAUGCUAUUUUGUACUACUACCAAUCGGGUGGCAGGUUAAGGAGGCCUGUCAAUGUGCCCUUAGACAUCUUCUCGGAGGAGAUCAGGUUUUAUGAACUCGGGGAAGAAGCCAUGGAGAUGUUCCGAGAGGAUGAAGGAUACAUAAAGGAAGAAGAAAGACCUUUACCGGAGAACGAGUUUCAGAGACAAGUGUGGCUGCUCUUUGAGUAUCCAGAAAGCUCAGGGCCUGCCAGGAUUAUAGCUAUUGUCUCUGUCAUGGUGAUUCUAAUCUCAAUUGUGAGCUUUUGCCUGGAAACGCUGCCCGUUUUUCGGGAUGAGAACGAAGACCUGCAUGGCGGUGGGAUGAGCCAUGACUCCAACCAUAACAGGACCAUGAGCAAUCAGCAGUCAACCUCUUUCACAGACCCUUUCUUUAUAGUAGAGACACUUUGCAUCAUUUGGUUCUCCUUCGAGUUCUUGGUAAGGUUUUUCGCCUGCCCCAGCAAGGCUGGGUUUUUUACCAACAUCAUGAACAUUAUUGACAUUGUAGCUAUCAUCCCAUACUUCAUCACUCUAGGGACUGAACUGGCUGAGAAACCAGAGGAUGGCCAGCAAGGCCAACAGGCCAUGUCUCUGGCCAUCCUUCGAGUCAUCCGCUUGGUGAGGGUUUUUAGGAUCUUCAAACUGUCCAGGCACUCCAAAGGGCUGCAGAUCCUGGGGCAGACACUCAAGGCCAGCAUGAGGGAACUAGGCCUCUUGAUAUUUUUCCUCUUCAUUGGCGUCAUCCUCUUCUCCAGCGCCGUCUACUUCGCAGAGGCUGAUGAGAGCGAAUCUCAGUUUCCCAGCAUCCCAGAUGCGUUCUGGUGGGCCGUGGUUUCUAUGACCACAGUUGGCUAUGGAGACAUGGUCCCCACAACCAUCGGUGGGAAAAUAGUGGGCUCCUUAUGCGCCAUCGCAGGUGUAUUAACGAUUGCCUUACCAGUGCCAGUCAUAGUGUCCAACUUCAACUACUUCUAUCACCGCGAGACGGAAGGAGAAGAGCAAGCCCAAUAUUUGCAAGUGACCAGCUGCCCAAAGAUCCCUUCUUCCCCUGACCUAAAGAAAAGCAGAAGUGCCUCCACUAUUAGUAAGUCUGAUUAUAUGGAGAUACAGGAAGGUAUAAAUAAUAGUAAUGAGGACUUUAGAGAGGAGAACUUGAAGACAGCCAAUUGCACCCUGGCUAACACAAAUUACGUUAAUAUCACCAAAAUGCUAACUGAUGUGUAGUCCUGAAAACUUGUUAACAUAUUUAAAGCUGAAGUGGAACAAUUGCAGAUAUUGCAUAAUACCCUGCAUUGUAGUUAAAACAGUAUGUUCUACAGUGUGCAUUUGGUUCUGCAUGGGAAGCAAUAGUUGUGUAAGUGACUUUCUAAACUUCUUAUUUAGACACCGAAUAAGCUUUCAUGCAAAAAUUGUUUUUUCAUCACAGGUUUAUGGGUUUCCAAAGACAUGGAGCAUGUAGGCAUUCAAAACAAAAUUAUAUCACUUGCAAUUCCAGGGAUAUUGAACAAAAAAGUCAUUUGAGAAACCUCAUGUAAACAACAGUACCCACAAAUGUCAAGCAGAAAAAGUGUUUCACUGCACUCGACACAUACAAAAAUAUAUCCCAAGGAAAUAGCACACAUCUAGCUUCCAGGCGUAUGCAUUCAUAAUGAAAAGGUCAUGCAUAGUUUAAUUAAAGGAACAUACAUCCAGGCAUCCAAAUUACUUUAAGGCUCAGAUUUCUGCCUUGGAAAUGCCAACCAAGAAUACAUCAUGCAGGCUUGUGUUUCAUAACUGAAAAUGCUGCAUGCUGCAAUGGAUUCAUCCACUGCAGUAUGUCAGUGUGAGACCUAGGGGAGAGAGAAUUAGCAUGACAGAACACUAUUUAUUAAGUCUUAAAUUUUUGAUGCCGGCAAUAGGAAAGGACAUAAACAAAUGAAGAGCCUGCUUUUUAUUUGGUGGGUUUUUUUAGAUGACACUUCCAUCUUCACUAUCUCCAGGGUCACCAAAGACACAUCCACUGACACAUUCAAAAUGAGUUGAAAAAGCAUCUUUUUUUAGAAUACUGGAGCAAACUAUGCUGUGGCCUAUAAUAUAUUUAUACCGCAGUGAAAUUUAAUCAGUAAUACAGUACUGCUGCAUGGAUAUUUGUUGCAUGACUCUUAAUAUUGAAUACACAUACAAAUAUAUUUUUCCUUAGUAGACUAUACAGUAUUCAUGUUUAUAGUGUUUAUAGAUUCUCCGAUGACUUGAAGGAAAUUCAUGGAAGUAAAAAGAAAACCAAGGCUGGAUUAGGGCAAGGCAUGGGCUGACAACAUUUGAGAAGCAAGGCAAAGCUCUCUGGGUGCUUCCUGGUAGUCACUGAAACGGAGCAAAGAAUUGUACAAGUGAAGGAAGGUGAGCUGAAAGUUAAGCACCUGUGCUCAUCAGGGGGGAGGAACUAGUAAUUAAUCUUGGUGUCACAAGCAGAAUUCCUUGGCUGACCAGAGAUGGUACAAAGGACAGGUGGCAUUGUAUGUUAAAGAACUCCUGACUCUAUUGUUCUGCAACCAUCAGCUUCAUUAUAUAUUAUCGUGUUGUAUAUAGAAAGACAGGGACAGAUCCUCAGCUGCUGUGAAUUAGCUUUAUCAGACCCACAGCAAUUGACACCAGCGGAGGAUUGGGCUUGAUGUAUGUAAUAUAUAUGUGAUAUACAUUCAAAUGUUCUAUGAGCUUAUGCAAUAUAACACUGGCACAAGGCAAUUUAUGGGCCAGAUUCUCCACUGGUAUAAACUGGCUUCAAUAGAGCUACAGUACUGAGCAACACCAGCGGAGGAGCUGGCUUGGGUAUGACUAGUUGUAAUACGGGAUAUAGGAGUUCAGGUUUGUAGUGGAAAACUAUUGCCCUGCGGUUGACCUCUGCUCCUAAACAAUAUACCAACAGCCUGCAGCUCCUUGGGCAGAAUGGCCCAAGCUCUGCCCUCGCUGGCACACAGUGAAGUCAAUGAGAUUACACGGGUGUCAGUGACGGUGGGAGCCGGCCUGCUUCCCAGAUGGCCCCUUGCUUUCAGUCAGUGGGGCAAGAGUUUCCCAUUAUUCUCAAGCUCCACCUUCUAGCAUACCUUUUGAAAAUGCACCUGGGCCGUAACUGUGCUGCAGCCUUUCGCUCACAGAGGGCAUGUGAUCCUCUCGCCCUAAAGCAGAACUCCUUCGCUUUGGGCCACACCUUGUAAUCCCCACCCAGAACAGAGCUUCCCUUGAAAUCAAUGGGACUUUCCCCAGAGCGUGGGAAAUUCUCCUCUGUGCAGAGAGUCUGCAAAAGGACUGCUCAACAAUUCAGAGCCACAGGACAAAUGUGGUGCACUGGCUUUGCACAGGGGUGAAGGCAGGGCUGGGUCUAAAGACUGGUCCAGUGAUUCCUCAGAUCCUGGAGCACUUAUUCUGUAUUGACUCAGUCUUCAAGCCCACAACCUCCCCCGCUCCAUUGAUUGCAAUGGAAGUUCUGCCUGAAUGAAGAACUCAGGGCUUUCCCCUUUCCCUUUACAAUCCCGGUUUUAUUCCAAAAUAGCUGGGAACCCCCCAUUGCUCCCACAAAUGUUUCAAGUGGGUUAGAGUGAUCUAUCCCUUGCCCCAGGCACGUGCUUAUUUACUUCCCGUUUUCCCAUAGUUUACAUGUCCAGAAGCGUAGCUGACAAUCUGAACAGCGGCAGGAGAGAAAGGAAUUUCCUCAUUGUUUGAUAAACCAGCCAACAGAGGCAAUCUUCUUUUCGUACACGUGCUGUGGCAUCAGAGAGUACCUGGCCACAAGAUCUGUAGCGCAGAUCUCAACCACUAGCUAGCUGGUCAGUAGAACUCUGAAAUCAGCGAUUAUUUACCUUGUUUAGGCCUCAGGCUAGAGGAGCAUUUAAGGACAUGCUUAAACUUACGCAUACGCUAAGUGGUUUGCUGAAUCGGGGCCUUAGACGCCCGUUGCACUUUGGAUCAGGCAAAUAAAUUUCUACCUAUCGUCAUUUUCAUAGGCUGCCAUAAGAGAAGGGAUUGUUUCUAAUAUCCCUGAUAAAAUCCAGGUACUACCCGAGUCUUCAGCAAUGGUUCCAAACAUUGCUGUGGUCCCGAUUCUCCUCUCAUUUACAGCAGUUUCACGCCACUGGUCCAAAUGAAGUUACUCGUGAUUUACACCUGUGCAAAGGAGAGGUGAUUGACUCAAGCCCAAUAGGACUGGUACCACAGAACUUUCUCCAGUGAGGGUAAAAGGGUCUGACUCCUGCAAGGUGCAAAGCACUUUCAGCUCCAGUGCCGUUCAGUGGCAGUGCCUGGAACUCAGCACCGCGCUGCACUAAUGCAUUGGAUGAAUUUUUUUUAAAUGAAGGAUCUUAUUUCUCUUGCUUCACUGGUGCAAGCAAUGAACAACGAAAGUGCAUUUUUUACCUCGUUUAUUUAAACCCAAUCAUUUUUACCUCUAAUAAUGUAAUAUAAAAAAUAAAAUUCAGAAGCAAUAAACCUUAUUAAAAGAAUAAUUCCAUCAUAUUCUAUAGCAAUGGUCCUAAACCAGUGCCACUUGCAGCUCAGUCCAAAUUCCCAGUGAGGCCAGCCAGCCUAAAUCGAUCGGUCGGUCCCCAACAUUGCAGCAUCUGAGCACCUCAUAGUCUUUAAUGUAUUUACCCUUACAGAACCCCUGUGAGGUGGGGCAGUGUAUUAUUCCCAUUGUACAGAUGGGAAACUAAGGCAGAGUGAGACUAAGGGCCAGAUUUUAAAGGUAUUUAGGCACCUAGAGAUCUUGCCAUCUGGUGGGAUUUUCAAAAGUGCCUAGGCACCGAACUCCCAUUGACGUCUGUAUCUUUGGGUACGCCUACGCUCCAGUGUAAACCAGGUCUAUGGGACACAGGCUUGUGGACUUGGUGUUUCCAAGCCCGUGCUUCAGUGUCCCCACUGCAUUGUAAGUCUGGGUUUCUAAUUGCUGAACCUGGGUCUCACAGCCAUGCUGACUCAUCUAUACUGCACUACACAGGCUUUGUGACUCAAGUCUGGGGCUUGUGCUGCAUCCACACUGCAAAAUGACAGGGCUUGGAUCUGAGGCACAGCAAGACUCAAGCUCUGCCCCCAGUAGUGUCCUAGGACCUGGGUUCUGAGUGCUUGGUGACCUGAGUCAGACUGAUUUGCGUGUAGAUGGAAGGGGGGGUUGAGCUCAAACCUGUGUCAGAACCUGGGUUUGCUGUGGAGUGUAGACAUACCUUUUAGGAGCCUAAAUACCUUUAUAGAUCUGAGCCUAAGUGACUUGCCCAAAGUCUGUGGUAGAGGAACUGAUACACAGAGAGACUGUGGGUAAAACAAAAGUGCCUAAGCCUCUAAUUUUCAAUAAAACAUUGGGUAACAUUUUCAGAAGUGCCUCAAUCCCAUUGGCUUUCAAUAGAAUAAAGGUUCCUGAAUCACUGAAGUGCUUUUGAAAAUUUUACCCUAAAUGACUCACCCAGACUAUCUGUGACAAAGCAUGAACUUGGGGGGAGGGAUAGCUCAGUGGUUUGAGCAUUGGUCUGCUAAACCCAGGAUUGUAAAUUCAAUCCUUGAGGGGGCCAUUUGGGGAUUUAGCUGGGGAUUGGUCCUGCUUUGCACAGGGGGUUGGACUAGAUAACCUCCUGAGGUCCCUUCCAACCCUAAUAUUCUGUGAACCCAGAUCUCUUGAAUACCAGCAAGUGGCCAAGCCACCAGACUACCCUGUCUCCUUCCAGACUGCUCUUUUGGUCCUUAAUGAUUUUUAUAGGCACACUGGGUGAUCUUCACCCCUCAUGUAGAAGACCAGUACAAGGCCUGUAUACCACCUUAUUUUAAGGGCUUAGGUGGGUUAGAGGUCUCAUGCUGAUCCUUUGCCCAGGAGUAAAUAUCAUCCUAGGUGAGUAGGGAACACCAGGAACUGGUCCAGUGGUUGAUUUGCCCCCAAUGUUUCGGACAUAAGGAAUAUCACAACAGAGAGUACAGUGCUGUUCUUACACUUAGCCACGGCUAUCAUUGUCUGUCUUUCUCUCUGGACAGAUGAACCAAUUGAGAUAAAAUACAGAUCUGCCCAAACCUUCAUUUAACAAGCUCUAAUCAAUGCCCUUCCCCCAAAUAUUCUGAGUUUCCCAGGAGUUUGGUGAUCUUUAAAAUAAUGCUCACUGAAGCCAGGAGCAAUGGCUUAAUCCCUUCCAUUGCCUUGAGCCAGGCGAAAAUUACCACCACCUGGCUCAGUGCACCUGAAAGCAGGAAGGAAUGUAUGUGGCUAAUGAUUUGCUUUUGAUAGACUGCCUUGGCAAUGGUGCAGCAUUUGAAAACAGGCCCGAUGUCAAACUUUACGAGCUUUAAGAGUCUGCAGUGGGCUCACUGGAAACAGUGUCCUCAUGACCAGGGGGCUAUGGCAAACAGAAGGGGCCAAAUGUAGCCCUGGAAUAAAGAGAUUACACUCCUAUUGACUUCAGUGGGGCUUGAGCCUAGAGCUCAGGGAUCUAGAUACUGUUCCUAGCGUUGUUUCUGACUCACUUGUGUGACCUGGAAGAAAUGUUCAAAAGUGGUAUCUGUUUUAGUCUGAGGGACUUCAGGCCUGAUUUUCAGAGCUACCAAGCAUCAAGAACUCUCUUUGACACCCGCAAGAAAUGGAAAUCAGGCCCACAGCAUCUCACAUCAGGCACCCCUAACUGUGGCACUUAGGCCCCUCCUGAUUUGUCCGAGGCCACAGAGAGAGGCAGCGUCAGAGCUAGGAUUAGCACACAGGUCACUUUCUAACACCUAACCCUGAUGGGCAGAUUGCUAGGCAAUGCAUAAAAUCUCUCUCUCUUUAAUGCCUUAAAAAAAAUAGCAUUUGCUCAAAGGGCAAUCACAUUAGACUGAGGAACUGGUGAAUUUCCAUCAAAUCGUAGCUGAUAGGAAAAAACAUCUAUGUAGAUAGUACUGUGGGUGCAGGCCUCAUCAGAAGUACUUAUCUCUGCAGCUAGUUUUAUGUCCUUUUCCAAGGCCUACUCAAACACUAUGCUAUAUCGAGAAAGAGAUCCUAAGAAUGGUGUUAUGAGACUGUAGCACGUGGGUGUAUAAAUAUGAGCAUAUUUGUGCAUAAACACACAGAAGGAGAGAAGAAGACAGAGGAGGAAGUAUUUCCGGAAGGGUCUUGCUUUGUGACCAGGUGGUUCCUAGGUCAGUCACUGAAAUUACUGCCAAAAUCUCCUAGAGUUUCUGGAGUUCGCAAUAUAGUUAGAAGUGGGCCCAAGCUGAGAAACAGAUCCAGAUCUGAAUUUGAAAUGGGUUGAAUCAAACACCUUUCCCUCUUGACUAAUGAGGAAUUUGGAGUCCAGCUUUACAGCUAUUCCUUCUCUCUCUAGUGAAGGGAACAUAUCCCCCAAUACUCCUGAAACUUUGUGAGAUCACCAGUCCAUGGCUUGGGUCCAUCACUAGAAUCUACGUUACUAUGCAGGUAAAGCCAAAGCAAUGAUCUAAGGGAUUUGUUUGUGAUGCAAAAUGCAACAGUUGCAUCAAAUUAUUAUAGCUGUUAGGGAAAAGUAUCCAUAGGUAGAUAUUACUGUGGGUUACAGGAUUUAUCAGAUUCAGGGCAUUUCCUACAAUUGUGAAUUUUAACCCCGUAAGGUUUGAAUGUCUUAUAGGCCCCACAGCCCCAUAAAGAAGGACCCCAUGCUUCCUUCUCCCGACCCCUCACAUCAAGGAGAGAUGGAGUGGAACUCAGGGGCGGAUACAUGUACCUAAGAAUGUGGACUACAGCAUGGGCGCCACAUAUUUGGAGCUGGGGAGCAGUAACCUAUGGAGUGCAUUCUCCUCGGGAUCCUGUGAAUUUCCCACUGACCAUCACUCCAGUUCCUAAUGCUGCUCAGAGCAGAAUUACCUCCCCUUGUCCUCCAUCCCCUCAAGGGGGUGUGGUCAUGUAUGUGCUCAGUAGAGGACCAAUUGGCCAUGCUGCCAGUGGGGAAAGAGACCAGGGAGCAAAGAAGAGUGGCUGGCACAGAUUCAUAAGUUUAGCCUAGUACUCACCAUGGAUCUUAAGGCACUGCAUGAGUGAGAGACGGCUCCUUUCUCACACACCUUGUGCAUGCUAAUCUCUUUCCCCAGAGCCAAGAGCUCUUCCUGUUGUCAGAGCUCCUCUUCUCCCUUUUGCAAGUGGUUAUUGUUGCUGCUAUUAAUUUCUACUGUGGUAGUGUCUAGGGACACCAAGCAGGGAUCAGGGCCCCAUUCCACAAGGCACUGUCUAAGCAAAUACCACAGAGACAGUUCCUGCCCCAGACAGUUGACAAUCCCCUAAUGGGAACACCUAUCUCUCAAUUCUUUUUUAUACCAAUCCUUGGGAGCAAACCUUACACUCCUUUUGGUCUUAAACUGAAAUGCUGCUCCCCCCACCCUGCUCAGGGUCCUUUGUGAAGUUCAGCACAAUGGCCACAUUCUACCAAUAUAACUGCCUGCCAGCUCUCUCUGCAUCAGACCAUUUCUAAAAUCUUCCAGCUGCAGUCAUGAUCUUGGCAUUCAGCCCUGAAUGAUGCUUGCUGGACACCCUCAAUUCCUAUUGCUAGAAAGGGGAAGCUGCAGGUGCUUAGAUCUUGGCAGGAUCACAUCAUAGGACUUUGGGCCAGAACCUGAGCUGGUGCAAAUUGGUGCCAUUGGAGCUGCACCAAUUUACAUCAGUUGAGCAUCUGGCCCAGAGCUCACGUGAAGGUGGCAACAGAUAAAUUCCUUAGUUCAUGUUUCUCUUCCUGGGCAUGUUUUGGCUUCUACAGGAUGUUAAAUGUUGCAAUGUGACAAUGGUUUCAUUCCAGGGUCUGUGUGUAUGUAUAAAUAUAUAUGGGAACUGUAUAUAAUUUCAAGAUUUGUAUGGCUUUAUUUUUUAACCAAAUGUAAGAACUGCAAUUAGUAGUUUGCACUUGCUUUCCCAUUGCCUGAGACUUUGCAAAUGUCUUACAGUGUCAUAUUACUAAUCAUUGCUAGAAGCUAAAAAAAAAGAUAGAUAUUGGCUCAAAUAAGCGUGUGUUGCCUAAUUUGAGAGAAUCAAAAUGAAGAGGAAAUCCAAGAAAGAUGUAAUAAUGAUGCUGGAACUGAACCUUUCAUCUCCAUGGUUACUGGAGAAAUGGGACCAAUAAUGGAGAGAGGCCUAUAAACUGUGGAAGGAGGGCUCAUGGGAAUUCCAACUCAUUUAACCAUGUGUUUGCUAGACAACAUUUUAGACACCAGCUGUAUCUAAAUUGCACAGUGUGUAUAGAUAUUAUCAUUCUUAUUGACGACUGGCCGGCAUUCUCAGCGUUGAAUGGACACUGUUAGCUGAGAGAUCCGAAGUCAAUAAGGUGGGACGUUUGUAUAUAGAUAUACAUAUCUGUGUAAAUACAUAUUCUGAAUGAACAUUUGCUGUCUGGUUGAUCAUGGAUGUACAUAAUUUAUUCUUCAUAGUAUCAUAAAUUUUGUAAAUAUCAGCACCAAUUAAGAAAAAAAUAUGUAUAUUAUUGAGGAUUUAUUUUGGCAUUGGUUCUGUGUGGAAAACAAAUUAAAGCAAAUAAAUUUUGAACAGA